GCUGGUCGUCAAAAAUAUAAUUCAUCAAGUAGCCAAUUUUCCUUAACUCAAGGUCAACUUUUUGAAGUUGAUCGUCAAAUCGUUAAUAAAAAUAUUUUAUCAUUUGGACUCCACUUUCUUUUUCGCCGUGUCUUCGAUUGGUUGUGUUUAUAUCUAUUUGAUUACCCUUGGUCAAAUAAGCUCCAAGCUAAGGAGACAAAGUUUUUCUCGAAGUUAUCAAACUAUUGUGAGGAGAAUGUCAGCCACAACUGUGAAUUUCAAUAAUGGUCAAAAAUGCCCUAUUUUGGGGCUUGGAACAUGGAAGUCACAACCUGGUGCAGUCACUCAGGCAGUGAUUGACGCCAUUGACAUAGGAUAUAGGCAUAUAGAUUGUGCUCACAUUUACGGAAAUGAAAAAGAAGUUGGUCUCGGUCUAAAGAACCGAAUCGAUGCUGGUGUUAUAAAACGUGAAGAUGUAUUCAUUACCAGCAAACUCUGGAACAAUUCUCACAGGGCAGAUUGUGUGGAACCAGCUUUGAAGAAGACUCUGAGCAACUUGGGAUUAGAAUACUUGGAUCUGUACUUGAUCCAUUGGCCUUUUGGACACAAAGAAGAUGGUGAUGAAUGGCCAAGGGAUGCUGAUGGCAAACUGUUAUUCAGUGAUGUGGACUAUGUUGAAACAUGGAAAGCCAUGGAGGCAGUCAAUAAAAAAGGUCUCACUAAAUCUAUUGGCGUAUCGAAUUUCAACGAAGACCAAUUGAACCGUCUGUUAGAAUCUACUUCUGUUGUUCCACAAACAAAUCAGAUGGAAUGCCAUCCAUAUCUCAAUCAGAAGAAGCUGUCUGCAUUCUGUAAAUCAAAGGGAAUAACCAUUACCGCGUACAGUCCUUUGGGAUCUCCUGAUCGCCCUUGGGCCAAACCCGAGGAACCCCUUCUCUUGGACGAUCCAAAAAUCAGAGAAAUUGCCGACAAAUAUAAUAAGACCCCUGCUCAAAUUGUGUUGAGAUACCAAAUUCAGCAAGGGCAUAUUGUCAUUCCCAAAUCUGUAACCAAAUCCAGAAUUCGGGAAAAUUUCGGUGUUUGGGACUUCCAAUUGAAGGACGAGGACUUGAAAUUGAUCGACACAUUCGAUUGUAAUGGAAGAAUCUGCCCAUUCGAAGAGGCUAAAGGACACAAGUAUUACCCAUUCUGAGUUACAAGAAACAUGAGCUGUGCAAAACGUUUUUAUUAAAGUUUUAACAUGUAUUCUCUUUAUGUUAUUCUAUCUGUUUGUUUGGUGAUAAAUAUAAAUUGCAAAUUA